AUAUACUCUCUCUCUUUGCUUUGCUGUUGGCAUCUCGUUUGCUACAGCCGCUACCCCGCAUCGCUACCCCAGCAUCCCCAUCGUUGUCGUCGCUCAAACCCUCGGCGCGCCCGUGCCAGCACGACUGCUCGUAACCCUUGAAACGGACCGAAAAAAUCGAAAUAACCAGCCAGCCAGCCAGCGCUCUUUCGCAUUUACAAGAGAAUCUCGCCAUCACAGCCAUGUUCUCCAUCCCCUCUCUUCGCUCCCCUACGCGCACCGUCCUGCGUAACUCUAUCCUCGCCAACAUGUCGCGCAACUACUCUGCCACCCCCGAGGGUAUCAAGAAGAUCAAGGUCGUCAACCCCGUCGUCGAGCUCGACGGCGACGAGAUGACCCGCAUCAUCUGGCAGAAGAUCCGCGAGGAGCUCAUCCUCCCCUUCCUCGACAUUGACCUCAAGUACUACGACUUGGGCAUGGAGAACCGUGACAAGACCGAUGACAAGGUCACCAUCGAGUCGGCUGAGGCUAUCCAGAAGUACUCGGUCGGUGUCAAGUGUGCCACCAUCACCCCCGAUGAGGCUCGUGUCGAGGAGUUCAAGCUCAAGGAGAUGUGGAAGUCGCCCAACGGCACUAUCCGUAACAUCCUCGGCGGCACCGUCUUCCGUGAGCCCAUCAUCCUCGACAAGAUCCCCAAGCCUGUCCCAGGAUGGACCAAGCCCAUCGUCAUUGGCCGUCACGCCUUCGGUGACCAGUAUCGCUCGACCGACUUUGUCGCCCCCGGCCCCGGCAAGCUCCAGCUCGUCUACACCCCCGCCGACGGUGGCAAGCCCACCGCUCUUGACGUCUACGACUUCAAGGGCAAGGGUGUCGCCAUGUCGAUGUACAACACCGACGAGUCGAUCUACGGCUUUGCCCACGCCUCGUUCAAGAUGGCCAUUGCCAAGAAGAUGCCCCUCUUCAUGUCGACCAAGAACACCAUCCUCAAGAAGUACGACGGCCGCUUCAAGGACAUCUUCGAGGAGGUCUACCAGUCGACCUACAAGAAGGACUUUGAGGCCCUCGGCAUCUACUACGAGCACCGUCUCAUUGACGACAUGGUCGCCCAGGCCGUCAAGUCGUCGGGUGGCUUUGUCUGGGCCUGCAAGAACUACGACGGUGAUGUCAUGUCGGACGUUCUCGCCCAGGGCUUCGGCUCGCUCGGCAUGAUGACCUCGGAGCUCAUCACCCCCGACGGCAAGACGAUGGAGUCGGAGGCCGCCCACGGCACCGUCACCCGCCACUACCGCCAGUGGCAGCAGGGCCAGGAGACCUCGACCAACCCCGUCGCCUCCAUCUUCGCCUGGACCCGUGGUCUGUCGUUCCGCGCCAAGCUCGACGGCACCCCCGAGCUCGGCAAGUUCGCCCAGGACCUCGAGGACGCCUGUGUCGAGUCGAUCGACAAGGACGGCGUCAUGACCAAGGACCUGGCCCUUGCCGUCAAGGGCAAGGCCAUGACCCGUGAGGACUGGGUCACCACCGACGUCUACAUGCAGCACGUCAACGACAAGCUCGUCGCCAAGCUCCGCGCUCGCCAGUAAGGUCCUCUAGUUGGACCAUGCUGACCCCGCGCUGGCCUCUCGGCUCCACUGUUGCAGCACCUAAGCUGUAGCGUACGGAUGCUAAAAAGCUGCGCCCCACUUGAUAAGUAGAUCGCAACAUAGCUGCCCCGCCACCCACCCCUGCCAACUCCACGCGCCUCGUCGUGAGAGUAUCACAUAGUUAUUCAGCUGGAUGCACACUGUACUGUAUUCAUUGCA